AUGUUCACCACAGGCGCCCUGCCGCCGUGCUGCGACGGCUGUGAUCCGCUGUGCAAGGCCCUCGCAUUCGGUGUCGACGGCACGUUCACGAUCGGCCUGCACACCGAUGGCUACAAGGCCGAGUUGUGGGAUGGUGCGCCCCAAGAUAUCGACGACCUCAAGUACCACCUCGGCAUUUGGUUCAGCAAGCAUUCCGAGGUGUUCUUCCUCUGGGUUAUGGACCACGUCAACAAGAACAUCACCGCCAAGUGUGGUGACAAGUGCGAAGUGAUGUUCCAUCACCCGCGCUUUCUCUACGACAGCCAGUCGCCGCGCAACAUUGCGUACCUCACGAAGCCGAACCUCCCAAAGUCGUCGUCGGGCAACACGAAGCGACAGAAGAACAAGAAGGUCAAGGCGGGCACACCGUCAACACGCAACGUUAUCCCCAGCUCUUGUCAUAAGUGCUUCACGGACUUAUUUUGCGCCAUGAUGCGCGAACUGUUUGCCACUGCGACUCCUGUCCAGUCGACCAGCGACAACGACACGACCACCCCGACCGACCCCGGCUCAUUCACCACCCUCAGCGUUGUAGAGUCUGCCGACGCUGCAGCCGACACGACGGGCUCGACCUCGCUCCCGCUCCCAGCGGCACCGACCGCUCGCCCACGUGCCACCCGAAAGGUCCAGACUUGCUUCUGCGAGGAGUGCGAGAACCCUCCCGCCCGUUAUGCCCGUAUCGACGACAGCGACCUCGAGGACUAA